ACAUACCAUCUGACUCGCAGAGUCUCGUGUGGAAGAUGUGGAUCUCUCUCACCCCCUUCACUCUGUUCCUCAUUAUACACAGAGCCUGCCAUGCUGCCCAAGAGGUGCCAAGGAACCAAGAUAACAUUAAUAUUUGUUCUGAUAGCUGUCACCCCCACGACUGCUCCGAUGUGUGGGCUCAAGGUCUGAAGACAGAUGGAGUAUAUCUCAUCUACCCCGGGGGACUGUCCACCCCCAUUCCUGUGUACUGUGAUAUGACUGGAAAAGAUGGACCCUGGACUGUCUUUCAGAAGAGGUUUGAUGGAACGGUAAACUUUUAUCGAGGUUGGCAGGAGUAUAAAGCUGGAUUUGGAAGAGCGGAUGGAGAGUACUGGUUGGGUCUGCAGAACAUUUACCUCCUAACCCUGAAGAAAUCCUAUCGUCUCAGGAUUGACCUGGAGGAUUGGGACAAUGUCAGGUAUAAUGUGACCUAUGAAAACUUCUCUCUGUCUCAGCUGGCCAUCAAUCCCGAGGAAGACGGCUACAAACUGAACAUCGAGGGGUUUACAGAGGGUGAUCCAGUCAGACCUGCUGGAGAUUCACUACGUAGUCAUGUUGGCAUGAAAUUUUCCACGUAUGACAAUGACAGAGAUUUAGACGCUAUAAAUCGUGCAGCAAGCUUCCAUGGAGCAUUCUGGUACCACAACUGUCACAAUGCCAACCUAAAUGGGAAAUAUCAGAAAGGUACCACCACGGAGUACGCUACUGGUCUGGUCUGGUACCAUGCUAAAGGACACUACUACUCCUUUAAGAAGACGGUGAUGAAGAUAGCACCAUCUGUGCCGAUGGCCUGAAAACAGUUCUGUCUAUACAAAGGUUUUAAGAUGGUGCUGCUUGUGUCAUCAAUGUAACAACAGUGGAAUCUGUAUCAACACAAUCCAGAUACUUGUAUACAUCGAUUAAUAAAGCUCU